GGGACAGGGUAUAAUUCUUCAUCCUUCUAGUUAAGAUGAUAAGCUGUUUGUAGGACAACCUAUAUCAACUGGAUAGGCAAGAAGAGAGACCCCGCGUUGCAAAAAUAACCUACUUAAUUACGCACGUACCGAGGAGUGGAAAGCGGAUGUUCAUCAGGUGGAAAGCCGGCUAGAGUAAGUCACCUCCACCCCAUGACGUAUGUCGUGGUUCCAUUUGCGAGCUGGUUCCUCUUAUCGGGUCCUCCAUCCAAGCAACAUCCAAGUCUUGCAUUCGUGUCUCCAAAAGCCAUCGUAUCCGGUUUGAAAGUGCAUCUUGACUGUGUCAGUUUAUGAGCCUUUUUUUAAUCCCAAGAACUGUACUGCUAUCAAUCGGCUACCUAACACUCCUUACAAAUCACAAGAUAACCUAAAACAAGCACCAUUAACGACAAUGGAUAAAUUAGACGCUCUUUUAGGUCCAUUCAACCCCAACAAGAUGGCCGCCAAAUCGGCUUCGGACCCACUCAAAGUGCUAGUACUCGACGCUACCGGCGAUGAAGGCUUCAGUGUCUGCAAAUCUAUGCUCAAGGAUGGAGGGUUCAAUAUUUGGGGUUUGGUACCUAAUGCGGAUACGCCUGUUGCAAGAGAACUGAAUAGAUUGCAAGUGCAGAUUGUGGAGGGAGAGCUUGAUAGGCCUGAUACAUUCCAGAGCCAAUUGGCUGGAAUGGAUGGAAUCUUCAUUCCUUCCGACAUUUUCUCAACCCCUGAGAGCGUAACCUGUGGUAAAUCCCUUAUCGAUAUGUGCAAGGUGGCAGGCGUUGGACACAUCGUCUUUACUGCUCUCGAUCUGGUACCCAACGGUGAAGGGAGUGAUCAUCCCGGAGGACAAAUAUUAUCCUACAUCAAGCAAACAUACACAGGUCAUGCUGAGCACGAAGACCGUCCGCACGGCGCACAUCAUCAUCUCCACUGGACGAUCCUCUACCCCGGCUGGAAAUUCUCCAAGCUGAUCACUCUUGACUUAUUUAGCAAAGUACCUAUUUCCAAGCUCCCUACUGGGUCUAGGGAGCCUGAUGCAGCGAAAGAGCUGGAGAAGAACGUGUCCCGAAAGGAAGGAGAACCGGCGGCAAGGCUUACUGAUGAUGAUGGAGAGGAGUGGUUAUUGCGAGUGCCAUUGCCGGAUGAAACCAAGAUCCCGGGGUAUGCUGUGGAACAACUGGGAUUAUGGGUCAAAGCUGCAUUUUUGAACCACAAAAAAUUCAGGGAAAGCAUCAUCCAAGUCUGCUCCACCAUGGUUACACCUCUCGAGAUGGCAGAUGUUCUUUCCAAAAUGGCGGGAAGGCCAGUGCGGACGUUGGGAUUGACACUCGAGGAAUUCUUCUCUGGAGAUUUUAAGACAGAUAUGGGAGAAACGAAGUGGGAGAGGUAUAGAGCUGCUGCAGAGGGCCAUUUUGAAAGAGAUCCUGAAGCCAGUCGAAAGAUCGUUCCUGAACAAUGGAAUUUUGGCCAAUGGGCCCGACAAAGCAAAGAGCUCGCAGUCUUGUUCGAAGAAGACAGGGAUCGGCGGGAGGAAAAGGAACAGCAUGGGAGACAGAAUGAUAAAGAAAAGUGAAGCAAAAAUGCAAUAAUUUGACCACAAGAAGCAUUAGAAGCAUUAGGUACAUAGUAGACAUAUGGGAUGUGUCUGUAUAACUGUAGCUUUAUCAGGUUCAUGGUAGAUACCGCUACUGAGCUCUCAUUCAGACCUACAUAACUCGAUGAACCACUUUGACCAUG